CUGACUUGUGCCUGGAGGAUUACAGUAAAUAUCGCUUCCUGUCGAACGGAAAAGUGACCAUUCCUGGACAGCAGGACAAAGACCUGUUCAAUGAGACCAUGGACGCCUUCAACAUCAUGAGCAUCCCGGAGGAGGAGACCAUCGGUCUCCUGAAGGUCGUGUCGGCCGUUCUGCAGCUGGGGAACAUGACCUUCAAGAAGGAGCGGAACUCGGAUCAGGCGUCCAUGCCCGACGACACAGCUGCUCAGAAGGUCUGCCACCUCCUGGGCAUCAACGUGACGGACUUCACGCGAGCCAUCCUGUCUCCCAGGAUCAAGGUUGGGAGGGACUUCGUGCAGAAGGCGCAGACGCAGGAGCAGGCGGAGUUCGCCGUGGAGGCUUUGGCCAAAGCGUCCUAUGAGAGGAUGUUCCGCUGGCUGGUCUUCCGGAUCAACAGAGCUCUGGAUAAAACCAAACGGCAGGGAGCCUCCUUCAUCGGGAUCCUGGACAUCGCCGGCUUUGAGAUCUUUGAGUUGAAUUCCUUCGAGCAGCUGUGCAUCAACUACACCAACGAGAAGCUGCAGCAGCUCUUCAACCACACCAUGUUCAUCCUGGAGCAGGAGGAGUACCAGAGGGAGGGCAUCGAGUGGAGCUUCAUCGACUUCGGCCUGGACCUGCAGCCCUGCAUCGACCUCAUCGAGAAGCCGGCCGGACCCCCGGGGAUCCUGGCUCUGCUGGAUGAAGAAUGCUGGUUCCCCAAAGCCACAGACAAGUCUUUUGUGGAGAAAGUGGCCCAGGAGCAGGGAAGUCACCCCAAGUUCCAGAAACCGAAGAAGCUGAAGGACGACGCCGACUUCUGCAUCAUCCACUACGCUGGAAAGGUGGAUUACAAAGCGACCGAGUGGUUGAUGAAGAACAUGGACCCUCUGAACGAGUCCGUGGCCACUCUGCUCAACCAGUCGACAGACAAGUUUACCUCCGACCUGUGGAAAGACG